CCCGGGGAGGAGGUGGGAACUUCCGGGAGGGCGGGGGCGCGGGCGGAAGUGACGGCAUCUCAGGGCGACGGGCCCGGAAGAGCCGUGCCAGCGGGGCAGCGCGUCUCCAUAGGAACCCGCCCGGGGCCCGCCCGGACGCCUGGGCCCCCGCGGCGGCACCCGCCCGGACGCCUGGGCCCCCGCGGCGGCACCAUGGGGCUCUGCAAGUGCCCCAAGCGCAAGGUCACCAACCUGUUCUGCUUCGAGCACCGCGUGAACGUCUGCGAGAGCUGCCUCGUCGCCAACCACCACAAGUGCAUCGUCCAGUCCUACCUGCAGUGGCUGCAGGACAGCGACUACAACCCCAACUGCCGCCUCUGCGGGACGCUGCUGGCCGCCCGCGACACCGUGCGCCUCGUCUGCUACGACCUGUUCCACUGGUCGUGCCUGGCGGCGCGGCCCGCGCUGCCCCCCCGCACGGCCCCCGCCGGCUACCGCUGCCCCGGCUGCGGGGGGCCCCUGUUCCCCCCCCCCAACCUGGAGGGGCCGGUGGCCGCCGCCCUGCGCGCCCGCCUCGCCGCCCCCUGGGCCCGCCCGGGCCUCGGCCUGCCCCUGAUCGAGGAGGCCGAGGCGGCGCCGGAGCCGGAGCCGGAGCCGGACGCGGCCGCCGACGCCUGGAGCAGCUUCGCCGCCCCCCCGGAGGCCGGCGAGGCCCCCCCCAGCCCCCCCCCCGCCCACGCCGUGGUGCACGUGGGCAGCGAGGCCCUGGGCUGCUCGGUGAGUCGGGACCCCCAAAGCGGGGGGGGGGGGCCUAAAAUGGGGGCGGGGACCCCCAGAAAGAGGGCUGGGGACCCCCAAACCCCGUUUUGGGGUCGGGGGGUCCCCGGGGGGGUCGGGCCCCAUUUUGGGGUCGGGGGGGCCCUGGGGGGGUCUUGCCCCCCCCCAUUUCAGCCCCCGCUGCCGCCGCCGCCAGGCUCUGCCCCCCGGAAGCCCCUGGGGGGCCGCGAGAGCCGGGACCCCCCCGACCGCGACGAGGACAAGUACCGGCGGCGGCGGGUGCUCAGGUGCUGGCCCCGGGGCCGCCCCCCCCGGCCGCCGCUGCUGCUGCUGGCGCUGGGGGGGGCGCUGGCCUUCGUCGCCCUCCUCGUCCUCCUGGCGCGUCUGGGCCGGGCGGCCGCCGCCAACGACCCCGCGCUGGAGCCGCUGCGCAACCCCCACCUGCGCGUGGGGCCCUGACCCCCCCCCCCGGGAGCAGGGACCCCCCCCCGGGGAGCAGGGACCUCCCCCAGGAGCAGAUACCCCCCCCCAGGGAGCAGGGACCCCCCCCCUGGGGGGCAGAUACCCCCCCCCCCAUGGGGCAAAUACCCCCCCCGGGGGGCAAGUACUCCCCCCAGGGAGCAGGGACCCCCCCCAUGGGGCAGGGACCCCCCCGGGGGGCAGAUACCCCCCCCAUGGGGCAAAUACCCCCCCCCAGGGAGCAGGGACUCCCCCCAUGGGGCAGGCACCCCCCCGGGGAGCAAGUACCCCCCCCAGGGAGCAGGGACCCCCCCAUGGGGCAAGGACUCCCCCCUCCGGGGGGCAGGGACCCCCCCAUGGGGCAAAUACCCCCCCCAGGGAGCAGGGACCCCCCCGGGGGGCAGGGACCCCCCCCCGGGGGGCAGAUACCCCCACCAGGGAGCAGAUACCCCCCCCAUGGGGCAAAUACCCCCCCCAGGGGGCAGGGACCCCCCCCAGAGAACAAAUCCCCCUCCGCAUGGGGCAGAUCCCCCCCAUGGGGCCCAGACCCCCCACCCAGGGGGCAAAUCCCCCCCCCGGGGAGCAAAUACCCCCCCCCCCGGCAGAUACCCCCCCCCGGUGGGCAGAUACCCCCCAGCCAGGGGAGCCUCAUUGCUGGGGGGGGGGCACAGAUGCCCCCCCAGGGGGGUAAAUACAUCCCUGGGGGGGUAAAUAUGUCUCGGGGGGGGUAAGUAAAGCCCUGGCGGGGGGGUAAAGGGGACCCCAAGGGGGUAACUGGGAGCCCGGGGGGGCAAUUUGGGCACUGGGGGGGUCAGUGCUGCCCUGAGGGGGGGCAGUUUGGGCCCUGGAGGGGGUAAAUACCCGCUUGGGGGGGGGGUCUUCCCCCCCCCCCCCGGGGAGCUGGGCUGGAGCUGCUGUGGGAGCCUCGAUGUCGGGGGGGGGGGAAAUGCCCCCCCCGGGGGCAAAUAAAUACCCCCCAUGGGGCAAAUGUGA